UUAAUGAUGUUGGUAAUGGAAUAAAUGCAACUCUAUUCUAAUGGAUAGUGAGAAGUUGCUGUUUUACGAAGCUUUGCUGCAGCAACUUCAAGAUGAUGGAUUGGAUGAUGCAAUUACAUGUAUAAAAGAGAAGCUCAAAAUAGAACCGAAUGUGCUCCUGAGGAAAAACCAUCUGUUUGAGCUGUUUCGCAACACAGCAUAUUUGUCGACACGGGUUGUUUCAGGAGUUGAAUCGAAAUAUCCAGAUGAAAUAGAUCAUAAUUACCAAUCGAGAUUGCUAACAAUUUUAAAUGAAGCGCAUACGGGAGAACCCACGGAUCCCCUCCUCAAAGUUGUUGGUUUUAAUUGCUUUUCUGAGUUUCCAACAUAUAGUCCUUGCCGUUGUAUAGCUGAAUCCAAUGAUGGUACCAUAUUGGCCACGGGUGGGCAGGGAGGCGCACUUCAUAUCAUUCCAACUGUGGAUGGAAACCAGGAUACGGUUAGGAGAAAACCAAAUUGGCAACUGACAACUCGCUUAAAUGGUCAUCAUCAAGAUAUUGAGGCUUUAGAUUUUCAUCCUCGACGUAACAUUAUCGCAUCAGGAGGAGUUGGACACAACAUUAUAAUCCAUGAUAUCAAUACCUCGAAUGGUUUUGUGCAUUCUGUAACGGAUAUUCAACGACUUUCCACUUCGUCUAAUAUACGCUGUUUGCGAUUCCAUCCCUGUGGAGACUUCAUGUACGUUGGUACCGAUAGCUCUAUCAUACGACUUUUUGACAUCACGACUCGGUCCUGCUUCACGUCGAAUCGUACAAGAAUUCAGCAUCAAGGUGGCGGCAUCAAUGAUUGCGAUGUGAUACGCUCUGGUGGUUUACUUUUUACAGCCGGUGAAGAUGGUUCCGUUUUAGUCUGGGAUGGCAAGAGCCUGGAUGUACUGCAUGCAUUUGAAAGUGUCCAUGGUGGUACAUCGGUUUUGUCGGUGAACUGUGACAAGUCAGGAAUGUACAUAGUCUCCAGUGGGAAAGAUGGUAGCACUAAGGUAAUGGACAUCAGAAUGAUGCGUGAAAUUGCAUCUGUUUCUAACUUAGGUCGGGGAGAAUUAGUUCGUACAAGGUCCGGCUUUAUGUUGAACAAUCGAUAUAUAGCCACUUUUACUAUGCGAUAUACAGGUCGAAGACCUACGAAUGAGGUUCAGAUUCACUGUGUAGACACAGGGGCACAAGAAGCUGAUAUUACUAGCAUAGUGGGAAGGUCGUCUAUCAUGGGCAUGUAUGCCUCCAAACACGACUUGGCUCUCUAUUUACUCUUAGAAGAUGCAACAUGCAAAGUGGUCAAUAUUUUUGACCCUUCUGCAUAGGCCCUGAACU